AUGGUUGACUUGAGCCCAGUAAAGACGAUGGAAGCCAGAGCGAGUGCUGCAGCACCGGAAGAGGAGGUGAUGUGUCAGACCGACAGGGAUGAGCCGCAGGAGGACGCGGCUCCACCCACACGCGCAGAGAAGUGGUGGCGCACGCGCCCGACGGUGGAGCCGCUGGUGCUGCUGUUCAUGUUCUCCUACGUGGUGACGCACUCGGUGGUCAACGGGCUCUUCCUGGAGCGCGUGUGCGGCUCCAGCGACACCAGCGGGUGCACCAACGAGGACCGCGCCUACUCCAGCACGCUCACCAGCUGGAAGACCAUCAUCGAAGCUAUCGUGCCCGCCGCGGUGUCGCUUUUCAUCGGCAGCUGGAGCGACAAGUUCGGACGUCGACUCAUCUUCAUCUGGUCCUUUGCUGGCAACGCCAUUGCGUACGGCGUGUUCUCCGGGCUGGCUGCGAUUCCAAACCUAGCGCCGGAGUGGUUGUUGAUGCCUUCAGUAGCGGCCACCUUCAGCGGCGGCAUGAUAAACCUCAUGGCUGUGGCCAACGUAUACAUCGCCGACGUCAGCCCUGCGGGGCAGAAGGAGCUGAGACUGGGGAUCCUGGAUGCGGCGCAGUACUCGGCCAUGAUGCUGGGGUCAGGGCUAUCCACGCCGCUUUUCCUGGGCCUCAGCUACCACGGGGUGUACGCCCUGGCCGCCGGCCUCAUGCUGCUGUGUCUGCUCUACUCCAUUUUCCUGCUGCCGGAGACCAUGGCGCCCUACACACCGCCUGAAGACGCGAGUUGCGGUUGCUGCAAGGGGAUCUUCCGUCCCCAGCUGGUGCGCGACGCGCUCAAGACGUCCCUGAUGAAGCGGCCUCACCAUGGACGCUCAACCAUCCUCAUCGUCAUCAUUGUGGUCGUCACUGGCGUCCUCAUCUCCCAAGGAGAAGGCGUCGCCAGCUACCAGUUCCUGAACGCCAAGUUUCACUGGACCGUCGAACACAGCUUGCUGUACGGUUUCUUUACCAACGGCACCACUGCUGUAGGUACCAUGGUGGGAGUGCUGGUGUUCGUACGCUGGCUCAAGCUGGCUGAGGGCUGGAUAGCCCUCAUCACCUUCUCCUGUAAGAUCGCCGCCGCCGUAAUCUACUCGAUAUCGCCGGAGUCGUGGUAUAUGUUUCUAGAGCUAUGA